GAGUGACAGGAGGUAGAGGCAGAAAGGAGCAUUUAAAGCUCCCACUGCUCAGAGAGAGACUAUCCCACCAUCCCAGCAGCAGGUUCUCAGCACUCUCCACAGCACCACCAUGAAGCUGCUGCUGCUGAUUACGCUGGCCUUGACCAUAUUCACAGGGUCUCAGGCAUUUGUCCUCAACGAUAAGCCAGAUGAUGAUCGCAGGCUGGCCCAGCUAAAGCAGGAGCUCAUGGAGAUGGAGACACUUAUCGGCAAUGUAGGGCGGGGGGGAUUUAUUUCGUUUCUCCAAUCAGAUCUUGUGGAACUAGUGCAGUAUGAACUUCUGGAAGUCUAUAACAAAAUCCGUGAGCACUUUGAUACUCUGGAUUCUGAGAUAUCCACCAAAGCCCGUCAGACGUAUGAGGCAUUGUCUGGGCUGCCGCUUGGUAUGGCAGAGAAGGCUGUUUAUGUCCUACAGGCAGUAGAGCGAAAGUUGAGGCCUAAGGAAGAGGAAUUCCAUCAGCACCUGCUGUCCAGCGCUGCUCAAACCUUGGACAGAGUAGGUCUAGACUCGGAGACCCUUCGCCAUCACGCCAGGAGAAUUGGGGAGCUGUAUGUCAAGCUGAACGAGAAGCUGAACCAGGACCUGCAAAUGUGGCUCCCUUACGCCAGGAAACUUCAGAGCCAAUGGCAAGGGAUCAAGAAGUCCCUUGAGCCUAUUACUGACCCGCUGCCAAAGCAGAUCAAAGUCGGGAUGGAGAAGCUCAGCCAGGCCUUGCAGCCAUAUGUUGCCCCGACUGUGAAGGCAUUCCAAGAACACAAGGAGGAAUUCUGGCAGUGGGUUCGUGGCCCUGUGUUUCCACCUGAGCACUGAUUUUUCUUAGAAGCAAUGGAUACUGGAUCCUUGGCCUUCUCUGAAUGGCCAUCACUGAGAAGAGGAAUAGUGCAAUACGUGCAACUUGGCAAAUGGUAUCUGUCAGCUCUCCUUCCUCUGGAUCAUGUAAUAAAGGUGUUUUCCCCAACA